AUGGCUUCUUUUUCCACUAUCCCCUUCGCCGAUCCUCUCUGGCUGAACCGCGGUUACAGUCCGUACUACAAUGACUCGCAUCGCCGACUUCAAAAAGAGGUCCGCGAGUAUGUCGACACCUACAUUGCGCCAUUUUGCGAGGAAUGGGAAAAGCAAGGCGUUGUACCACAGGAGGUUCAUAAGCGUCACGCGGAGCUCGGAUACACUGCUGUCAGCUCCUUCCCACUUGCGGCCAACUAUCUCAAUGGUCAGCGGCUUCCUGGGGACAUCAAGCCCGGAGACUGGGAUGGCUUCCACGACAUUGUCGUCAUCGAUGAAUUAGCGCGCUGUGGAUAUCUCGGGAUUGUCUGGGCAUUGGGAUGUGGUAACUCCAUUGGAGGGCCGCCAGUGAUCAACUUUGGCAAUGAUGAUCAAAAGAGGAGAUUCCUCCCGGAUAUGUUGAAAGGAAACAUCAGAUUCUGUUUGGGUGUGACCGAACCUGACGCUGGAUCGGACGUCGCUGGAAUCACUACCACGGCGGAGAGAAAUGGAGAUGUUUAUAUUGUCAAUGGAGCGAAGAAAUGGAUCACGAACGGCAUUUUCGCAGACUAUUGUACUGCUGCCGUCAGAACAGGAGGGGAGGGAACCCAGGGCAUCUCCGCCCUGAUAAUCCCGCUGAAGGCCCCGGGAGUAACUUGCAAGAAGAUUGAAAACUCCGGCGUCCAUGCAAGUGGAUCAACAUACAUUGAGUUCGACCAGGUAGAGGUGCCUGUGGCCAAUCUGCUCGGUGUGGAGAACAAGGGUUUCCCUGUCAUUAUGAACAACUUCAACCAUGAGCGACUCUGGCUCGCAUGCACAUCUCUCCGCAUGGCGCGAAUUUGCGCUGAGGAUGCAUACCAACACGCCAUCAAACGCGAGACAUUCGGGAAGAAGCUAAUCGAAAACCAACUGAUUCGCGCGAAGUUCAGUGCGAUGGCCCGAGGCAUUGACUCGGCAUAUUCCUGGAUGGAACAGCUAGUCUAUAUUUCCGAAACAGCCAAGAAGCAGGGCGUGGAUGCUUCCAUGGGAGGUCUCUUCGCAAAUCUGAAGGUCUUGGCUGGGCAGACUCUGGAAAAGGUUAACAGGGAGGCCCAGCAAGUGAUGGGUGGUCUUGGAUAUUCGAAAAAUGGCCGCGGGGCAAGGAUCGAGCAGGUCAGCCGUGAUGUGCGGGUGAUGGUUGUUGGUGGUGGCAGUGAAGAAAUACUUUCAGAAUUGGCUCUUAACCAGGAAGUUAAGAGUAUGAAGAAGUUGAGUAAACUCUAG